AUGCGACAUGAACCCAACAAAGCAAUUAUAUUUCGCUCGGAGAAUUUCCUUCAAUUAUCACCAUCCAACGACGUAGUGAGAAUUACUGAGGAGAAAGGCAACACAAAAAUGGAAUAUGAUGUGAAAGUGGAAUGUGGGAAGAAUUACUAUGGACAGGAAUGUGCUAUUUUUUGUAAUCCAAGCAUCGGAAGUUUUCAUUUUAAAUGUUCACCGGAUGGACGACGUUUAUGUGAAGAUGGUUGGAGUGGACAAAAUUGUGAUGACCCAAUUUGUGCUAAUGGAUGUAUUAAUGGAUAUUGUGUAUCACCAGGAAUAUGCAAAUGUCGUAAUGGAUGGCAAGGUAAUAGUUGUGAUCGUUGUAAACCACAAGAUGGUUGCAAACAUGGUUAUUGUAGCAAACCUAAUGAAUGUAUUUGCGAGAAAAAUUGGGGUGGAACAUAUUGCGACAGAGAUUUAGAUUAUUGCUUUCAUAAUUCGCCAUGUUUGAAUGGCGGAAAAUGUUCAAGCGGUGGAUUGCAAAAUUAUUACUAUUGCAAUUGUACGAAUGGUUUUAGUGGACAAAAUUGUGAAAUUAAGUCAGAUCCAUGUGCUAAAGUAAAUUGUGGUAAAUAUGGUCAAUGCAGAGCUUCGUGGAAUUCUGAAAGCAAAUAUCUGUGCUAUUGUGAUGCGACUCAUUACGGCGAUCACUGUCAGUAUCGUGUGGAUCAAGUUCAUUUUCAACGUUCACUUCAACGAGGAAGUUGUAAAUUAUCAAAUUCAGAAUACAUGUUAGCCGGAUUUAGCUGGACUACAGUUGAUUGUCGGCAUUGUGUAUGUCAAGAGGGUGAUAUCGUAUGUUCGGAGAAGAGAUGUGAACCACGCGAUUGCUCGCAUAAUGAUUCCAAUUUAGAAAAUUCUCUUGCAUGUCCGAAAGAUCAGGCAUGUGAUAUAUUAUUAUUCAUCGUUGAUUAUUCCCACUGUGUUAUUGUUACGGAAGAUGAAUGCCUAAAAGGGAAAUGUAAUUAUCCACGCGGUCGAUGUCUUUCUUGGCUUCAAAUAAACAGCGAAACAGCACGGCGCAAUUGUCAUGAACGUUUAAAUGCUGAUAAUCAAAAUACACAGGGAUGCGCACGAAUGUAUCUCGAAUUUGAUAUCAAUAAUCUGUUACCGGGAACAACAUCAGGUGAUAUUUGUUUUCAACUGUUAUUAGAUGCCAGUGCCGCAAAUAUCACGCAUGUUGGAUUUGAUUGCAAGUUGAUAUUUGAUAAUACAGUGCAAGUAGAUGUUAUCUCAUUACAACAACUCCUAACGGACGUUAUGACGAUAAAAGAUUUCCUGAAGAAUCGCAUUCUCAGUCAUUCAACCGCCAGUCAUAUACUAGCUGCAGUUGUCCGGAUCAAAGAAAAUGGUAAUAGUGAUGACAAGGAACAUCCAAUGUUGAAUGCUGUUUUAACACUUCGGAAUUCUGCGAUAUCACCGACAACUGAAUUCACAAUGCUAACAACCAAACAAAUGCUUGUCAUAAUUAUUUGCCUUAUGUUCCUAAUAAUUCUUAUCCUUCUAAACAUUUCCGUCGUGAAGAAUCCUAAUUUAUGUGCUCGCAAACGUUGUGAAGAUUCACAGAGCAGCGAUAAUCUUUUGGAAUUGCAAGUGAAGCAACCCACUCAACUUUAUACUACGCAGGAAGUAAUCAAAUUUGAAAAAAGGAAACAAAAUAUCUUACCGGAUGGCAUGCAUAAAACAUGGCAUUCUUCUGCUACGGAAUCGUUCGAUUCGGGAAUUGUUCAUGAAGUGGAAGAAAAUGAACAUAAUGCAAGGAUUUUGGAACAGCAGCGAAUGAAAUCGAAAUUACGAAUUUUAAAUGAAUCACAAUUCGACAAUUCCAUUUUAAAUCCAAUACGGUUACAAUUAACCGAUAAUAAUGUACAAUUGAAUGCUUCAAAAAGUUACUAUUACUAA